AGGGAAGGAGAGUCAAUGGGUCCCGUCUAGGCUUCCACUGACCCCAGCAGCGACUGUGAGCAGCAGCCUGGACGCGACCUCAGAGCCCCCUUAUUGCAAUUCGAAUUCUAAGCCAGGGCGCCGGCCACCGUCCAGAUCCAGGAACGCGGUUACUGGGAGGAAACAUGGCCAGUGAUACACCGGGUUUCUACAUGGACAAACUUAAUAAAUACCGCCAGAAGCAUGGAGUAACAAUUACGUAUAAGGAAGUUUGUGUUACAGGACCUGCACACGACAGAAGGUUUACAUUUCAAGUUAUAAUAGACGAGAAAGAAUUUCCAAAAGCUGAAGGUAAAUCAAAGCAGGAAGCAAAAAAUGCUGCUGCCCAACUUGCUGUUGAUAUACUUAGUAACGAACACCAGGCAGAUAGUCAUACGGACGCUUCGGAAAUUUCAUUAACUGAUAAUUACAUAGGCCUUGUCGAUAGUUUUGCCCAGAAGAACAAGCUGUCUGUAAAUUAUGAACAGGUUGUUCCCGAUCCGCAGUCGCCCCAAAGAUUUAAAUGCAACUGCAAUAUUGGGUCAACAACGUAUGGUACUGGUUCAGCAGCUACCAAACAGGAGGCAAAGCAGCUGGCAGCUAAAGAGGCAUAUCAGAAGCUUUCAGAGAAGAGCUCAAUGGUAUGUGCUGUUAGUUAUUCAAUGACAGCAAUAUCAAUCUUGACUAGGUUUCAGAAGGAUUUUGAAGACAUAGAAGAAAUUGGCUCAGGUGGAUUUGGCCAAGUUUUCAAAGCAAAACACAAAAUUGAUGGGAAGACUUAUGCUAUAAAGCGUGUUAAAUAUAACACAGAAUCAAAGACCUGGUGCCUUUUCAUUCAAAUGGAGUUCUGCGAUAAAGGAACUCUGGAGAACUGGUAUCACAGUUUUAGGUCUUUAAUCCAGUCUGAACUGAUUUUUGUGUACAUAGACCCUAGGUGCGCACUCACACAAGUAUAUUUUGGCUUCCAGCUAUCUUUACAGAAAUAUGGAAAAGAAGUGGACAUCUUUGCUUUAGGCCUUAUUCUAGCGGAACUUCUGCACAUAUGCGUCACCGAUAUGGAAAGAUCAAAGUUUUUCGAAAAGCUAAGAGACGGUGUCUUCCCCGAUGAUACGUUUGACAACAAAGAAAAAAGCCUUAUAAGGAGAUUACUCUUGAAGGAACCCAAGGAACGACCUAGUACAUCUGAAAUUCUGAGGAUCUUGGCUGAAUGGAAGAACACCUCAGAGAAAAAGAAAAGACACACACAUUAGGGCCUUCUGAAAAAGUGUUCCACUUUGGACAUAUGGCCUUCCUUGUGCUGCCUAGUCUGAGCUGGAACAUUGGUAGAUACUGUACUUAAGUUUUAGGAAACUUAAGGAAAGAAAAACUUGCACAAAAUUUUUUAAUUCAAGAACUUUUUUUUUUUUUUUCAAGAACGUUUUUAAAGUUAAUCUUUGACAAUUCCAUCCAUGUAUUGUAUUCCGAUCAUACUCACCUCCACCCUCCUUGGACACCCAUGCCAACAUGAACUAUGCCCUCUGCUGCGCAUGCCUCAUCAUGUGAACUGCAGCUUCUGACUUUGGGAUUCCAAAUAAAUCUUUGUCCU